UGAACAUUCACAAGUUUCUGAGCGCAUACGGUACAAAUCUUGAUCCUCUGAGCUGGACAUCUGAAGCGAUGAUCACAAACAUGAUUGUGUUGCUGUGUUUGUCUGCGCUGUUUCCCGUCUUGAUGGGCACUGAUGAGGUCAAAUCAGAUUGUUUUCUUGCCAGAGACUGCUCUGACAUUUAUUCGAGUGGGAAAAAUGCCAGUGGUGUGUACUCCAUCACCUCAUUAGAUGGACCAGUGCAGGUCUACUGUGAGAUGGUCCCCAGCGGAAUAAAUGACAGAGGACACUGGACGGUGAUUCUCAGGCGAAUGGACGGUGAGGUGAAUUUCUUUAGGCCAUGGGAGAGUUAUAAAAAGGGUUUUGGUAAUAAAGAAGGCGAAUACUGGCUGGGUUUAGAGUUUAUGCACCAGCUGACCAGCAGGUAUCAGUAUAAACUUAGAAUAGAUUUGGAGGACUUUGAGGGGAAGAAGGCUUAUUCUCUGUACGAGUCUUUCUCUGUGGACUCUGAGUCUGAUGAGUACAAACUGCAUGUGACCGGCUUUGUAGAUGGAGGAGCAGCUCAGACUUUUGGUUAUCAUAAUGGAAUGCCGUUCUCCACCUUUGACAAAGAUAAUUCAGGUUUAGAGUUUAUGCACCAGCUGACCAGCAGGUAUCAGUAUAAACUUAGAAUAGAUUUGGAGGACUUUGAGGGGAAGAAGGCUUAUUCUCUGUACGAGUCUUUCUCUGUGGACUCUGAGUCUGAUGAGUACAAACUGCAUGUGACCGGCUUUGUAGAUGGAGGAGCAGCUCAGACUUUUGGUUAUCAUAAUGGAAUGCCGUUCUCCACCUUUGACAAAGAUAAUUCAGGACAUAACUGUGCUAAAACAUACGCUCAAGGAGGGUUUUGGUACAACAAUUGUGAUUAUACAAACCCUACUGGUCUGUAUUGGUGGGGGAAAGAUGAUGGCAGUUUGAUGAGUGGGCCCUUCUGGUACUACUGGAAGAGCAGCUAUAAAUCUCUGAAGACUGUCACCAUGAAGAUCAGACGCGUGAUGUAGAGCAGGGCUUACAAACGCUUCACUGCAGCUUGUGCACACAUCCACAACUUUAUGCAUGCAUGUGGAUCUUUCUUAAAAUA